GCUUCCUCUCCGGGCCGCCGCCGCCGCCAAGAUGGUGAACGUACCGAAAACCCGCCGGACCUACUGCAAGAAAUGCGGGAAGCACCAGCCGCACAAGGUCACGCAGUACAAGAAGGGGAAGGACUCGCUCUACGCGCAGGGAAAAAGGCGCUAUGAUCGGAAGCAGAGUGGAUAUGGGGGCCAGACAAAGCCCAUCUUCCGUAAAAAGGCCAAGACCACCAAGAAGAUUGUGCUGAGGCUGGAGUGUGUGGAGCCCAACUGCAGGUCCAAGAGGAUGCUGGCAAUUAAGAGGUGCAAGCACUUUGAGCUGGGAGGAGACAAGAAGAGAAAGGGCCAGGUGAUCCAGUUCUGAGCAUCAUUCUACUCAUCGUUACGGACCAUAUUAAAGUAAUUGGGUUCA